AUGGAAGCUCACACCACUCUGGCACUGGAGUACCACCUGAGCAGGAGAAACAUCAUACACGUGGCAUUGCUGGAGGAGAUUUGGACUGCAGUCCUUCUUGGACUGGUCCUGACCCCAGCCCUUGCUGAUCAUCAUCAACAGACUGAAAUAAGCAAGAAAAUCUCCAUUAGUGGAGGCUACCAAAUUAUGACCAUCAAUAGGAAAUGGCUGGUGGCAAGUAUUGAGCAAAAGACCAACCAUGGGUACUGGAAAACCAUCUGGAACUAUGACACAGGCUUUAUGGCAACCAAAGUGCUGCCAGAGAGAGCUUGCUACAUUUCCAUAAUGAACAGAACAGAGAUGCCCAGCUUCGAUGGACUUCCCCAGCUGGCUGCAGACAUCAGGAACCAGAAGCACCCAAGACCCCCUUCAAAGGAGAUCACAUUCAGCCUCGUCAGGAGAGCCAUUCGUGACCUGGAAUCCUAUGGACCAGACACCUCCUCUCUGUGCAGAGGCCUCUCAACCUACGUGGCCUAUGAAGUUCAGGGACCCCAAUUCAAUCUUGGAUCGUGCCUCAAGCUCGAUGUCCUCCAAUAUUUGGCCCUCACCUACUGCCACAACGAUAACUUUGUGUGAAUCCUGCCCUUCCUGAGCUGCUGCCCAAAUCCAGCCCUGCUGGAAUUGUUCCCUGGCAUUUCUCCUUCCUGAGGCUCCUUCCUGAGGAUGGAGUGCUGGAGCAGAUCAGUUGGUGAGCAGAGCUAUCAAUUAAAUUCCUUCA